CAACCCAACAGACGAUGGAGGAGAGGGAGGCUGCGCCUGUCGAAAUGUAUCGUGCUCCGUUUCCAUACCUUACAAUCUACUUGCAAUGGUGACCUUGUUAUGAGUAUUUUGGCAAUAACUGUUACUGACGCAGCGAGAUGGUGCAGCAGUAAUGAAAACAUAUUUAUCCUGUUGUAGCCUCCCAGGACCGUUAUUCGAUGCGUCGCUGAUUUCUUUCUGUAUACAGGCUAUCAUCUUUCGUUCUUGAUACAACGUUAUCGCCUGCAAAUUAUGUUGAAUUGAUCUCAAUUAUUGGACGAAUAUCCUAAAUGGUUUUGGAACAUUCCUGGAAAACAAUCAUGUAUGGAUCAAAGGAUUUGUUUAUAGAUCUUAUGAAUUUCAUAUCGUAAUUCUGUGGGACUCCGUUCAACAUUAGCUAAAAUAGCACGGGUGCAGGACAGGUGUGUCAUCAUGGAACCUACAGGCUCCACCUUGGACAUGCAGAUGGAGAGUGUUGAGAGGAGUACAGUGUUUCUCAGACAGGAACAUCUCACCCUACUGCAUGGCCUACACCUGGAGAUCCUGUCCUUGCAGAAACGAUGUAGCGAGUUGACAUGUGAGCUGAAUGUGAAGCCUCCAGGCAAGAGUGAACUGGACCUGGCGGAAGAGGAGGAGCAGCUGGUGGCCCGCUGUCUGGAGGUCGAAGAUCGCCGGGCCGAGCAGCAGUGCACCCUGGGAGAGCUGUGUAAGGAGCUGACUCACAAGGGGGCGCUGGUUGGCGCGCUGCGGGCUAACCUCAAGGACAAGGAGCGCCGCUUCCUGGACGAGCUAAAGCGCCGCAGCCACCGCUCCACGGUGCUCAACACACAGCUGCAAAGGCAGAGCGAGGCGGCAGCCUACCUCUCCUUCCAGCUGCACGCUGCCCGCCAGAAACUGCAACACCAGCGGCUGCAGCAGAGGCAGCAGGCCCUCAGGGAGAACCGGGAGAAUAGGGAUCGUCAUCAUGGGAAUCCCCCUGGGCCCCAGUACAGCCAAGCAGCCGAGUGGGACACCGCCAUCUUUUCUCCCUUUUCUCCUCAGUCGCCCUCCGGUUUCUCCAAUGCCUCCAACACCAGCUCUGCCAUAGACUCCCCUGUGGUCAAGCCUAAACGCAGGGGCAGCAGGACCACGUCAGGGCACCAGCUCCGGGCGGAGAGGGCCAGGGAGUGUGUCCCCCAGGAGAGGGUGACGUGCCCUGCAGAGCCCACCGCCAUGCCUGACCCAGCGCUGUUCCUCCACCCUCACCGCAGGCACCACAGGUCCAGGGCCAGGCAUUCCUACUCCCUGGCCCACAGACAGAAUCCUCUGGUGGGGGAAAGAGGGGAGGAGGAGGGGGGUGGAGAGGGGCCCAUGGAGCCCCAGGACGGAGCUCCUCCCAGACUGGCAGCCACGGCCACAGCGUCACCUGCUGGCUGCUCAAACCAAGGCUGAAUAACUAGCCCCACUGUGACCAUCCCUAGAAAUACAUCAUCAUCAAUAUCGUCAUAAUCAUUGUCAUCAUCAUCACUAUCCUCAUAAUCACUAUGACUAUCUGAUUUUAUUUAUACUGUAAACUGCCCAUUGUCCUGCACCUUUAUCGAAUUGAUACUGAGAUUCAUUUAGCAUUGUUGAUUAUAAUCCUAUUAACUCUAAUUACUGGUAUUUAGAUGUAUUGCUAUGAUGAACACUUUUUAUAAUUAUACAUUUUGACAUGACCUGAAUUAACCCAAACUUCUCGGUGUACGAACACCUAAUGAGGUUGUUGUUACUAAUCACUUCACGUCAAUGUGUAGAAUCAUGUAGUUGAAUGCAUUUACACUGGCGUCGCUCUAUAUAACGUUAUUAUGGGGCCCUAUGCGAAUGUGGUGUCCUUUAUGGAAGUUAGUUUAACCUAUGGCCUGUUGCCAUAGACCACAGCACCUACUGUGCAAUUACCUUACCCUACUGUGUUGUUUUAGGGCCAACCAUAAAUCAACCCUGGGUUGCCCUUGUAGAAAACAUUUUCUGACCUCUGUUGCGCUGAGUCACAGUUGGGUAGCGUCUGAGCGUCUGUGUAUGUCCUUGCUGUGAACACUAUUGAAUUUCAGAUCUGCAUUGGUGGCCUUCACUUGAAAAGUUCCCACAUGGCCAAGAGGUGUAGCCGUGCCGUCAUAUCCCACGGAAUCUUUCUUUAUUCCAUUGGUCAUACAAUAGGUAGGCCUACAGCACACCCUAUAUGUUAUACAAUAAUUGAAAGUAACAUUAGUCCACUGGCCUCACACACAGAUCUUAGUGGGUUUCAAAUAUAUUGUGUCUCUGAGCUUUAAAAAAACUACAAAUAUUACCAAACACUGAUGAAACUAUUGGAUGAGUUAAACUGGAGUUCCUGGCAUCCUGCAUAAAUAGGGAGAGGUAUUGGUAACCUUCUAAUCUAGCAGAUGCUUUGUAUAAACAGGACACUUGUGGGUAAUAAUGCAUUGAGACCAGUUUGGCUAGAUGCUUCUCUCAGGUUUAGUGAGGUGUUUGUAAUACUGUACACAGAGAAUAGUAUGUCUCUGUGUUUAUUUACA